CGCUGUCAUACGUUUGCCGCGCACAAAUCAAACGCGUGUGGUGUUCUGCAGACACAACAUGCAGCGGGUCGUUUACUUGUACAUAAACACGCACAAAGAAAGGAAAACCCAUGGAUUUGCCCUGUCCAGACUGGAUCAGUCAUGCAGAACAGAUAUGGAGUCGGCUGGAUCCUGAGCAAACGAACAAGUUCUCUGGCGAGUUAGACAUAGACGAAAUAUUUGACUUCGGACAGUCACAGACCACGCCCGACGAUGUCCGGGUUCUUUCCGGUAUCGGUAGAAACUAUCCGGUACAGAAGUGCGCUCCGAGUGCUGCGAAGCUCCGAGAGAGAGGCAACGACCGCUUCAAGGCCAAAGACUACACCUCUGCUGCGCUGCUCUACUCGCAGGGUGUGUGCCACGCCCCGGAGAACUCCGAGCAGCUGGCACUGUGCUAUGCCAACCGAUCGGCCGCCCUGUUUCAACUCGCCCGCUACCAGGAGUGUGUGGAGGACGUGGGCAGAGCGCUGGCACAUGGCUACCCUUCUCACCUCCAGCCAAAGCUCCUCAGCAGGAGAGAUCAGUGCCAGGGCUUCAUCUGCCCACAGCAGCCUGGGCAGGAGAGGGGCACAGCGGCACCGACCGCACAUCACACCCCCUCACCAGCAGCCACCGUCAACCAUCCCCACACACACACCCCUGCGACGGGUGUGAGCCUGCACUUCAGCCUGCAGAAAGGUCGCCACCUGGUGGCCAUGGAGGGUAAGAGCGCCGGUGAGGUGCUGCUGGAGGACCAGGCAUUCAGCUGUGUGCUGAUCCAAGGAGAGGGACUCCGGGCCGAGCAGGAGGGGAGGACCGAGAGGGAGAUAGGGGUGGCAGAGGGGGCAAAAGGGGCAUUUGGCACUGAGGACCGCUGUUGCCACCGCUGCCUGUGCCCCACCCUGUGCCCAGUGCCCUGCCCUGGCUGCAGUUACGAGCGCUACUGCGGCCAACGCUGCCAACAGGAGGCCUGGCAGGAGCACCAUCGCUGGGAAUGCCCUCUAGGGGCAGAGCUGAGGGCCACGGGCUUCCUGGCACACCUGGCACUCAGGGUGGCACUGAAAGGCGGCCUGCAGCAGGUCAGGAGGGCUCGAGGGUCAGAGGUUAAGGCUAGGAGCCUGUCAAAGCAGGAAGUAGCUGAGGAGGUGGAGAAGGAGAGCCAUGAUGGGAAGGACAACACAUUUGGUCACAAUUCCAAAUCGCCCCCUGGUGGUCAAAUCGAGUCAGUGUUGCCAAGCAGUGCUUUCACGCAGAUGUCUGCCCUCAGUGUGGGUUGUCCUGGUGAUGCUUAUCAGCAUGUUCACAGCCUGUUACCACAUGUGGAGGGACACGCCCCCAGUCUGCGAUUCCUUUACGCCGUUACCAUAGCGACGCUGCACCAAGCACUGCGACAGGCAGGACCUCCUCCGGCCUCAUGGGGAGGCGGGGACUAUGGGAGUGACAGCUGCGAUGGCCCAUCAGCAUGUGAGGAUGCUGUAGGUGGAGCAUGGAAUCCAGAGCUAAGCAUUCUGGGAGCUACAGCUCUGAGGCAUCUCUUACAGCUGAGGGCCAAUGCUCAGGCCAUCACCACUGAGAGAGUGUCAGACGAGUGCGGCACGGCUGUACAGGCCAGCCGAGAGAUCCGUGUUGCCACGGCGAUUUUCCCCACUCUCAGCCUGUUGAACCAUGCCUGUCGACCCAACACCAGCGUGACCUUUGACACGGGGUGUGGUGGGCACGCCCCAGACGGAACUCUACCCUCCGCCUCGUCCCCCGACUCUGUCAUGGGCGUCUCUGUCCUGGUCCGCGCCGCUAGGGACCUGACUGCGGGAGAGGAGCUGCUACACUGCUAUGGUCCCCACUGCAGCAGGAUGGAGGUGCAGGAGCGACAGCGCCUCCUACUGGAGCAGUACCUGUUCAGGUGUCAGUGUGAGGCCUGCCUGCAGGACCUGCAGUCACCACCAGAGGGCUACAUCACAAGCACUCAUUACAAGUGUCCUAAAUGUGCAAGACCUCUGCAGGCGGGUGCUGGGGGGUAUGUGUGUGCGCGUAAGGGAUGCUCUGGGCAGGUGUCCGGUGGGGAGGUGGAGAAGACUCUGCAGGUCAUCACAGCUGUGCUGGAUCAGGCUCUGGAGCUCCUGGAUAUGGACAGACCAGUUGAGGCCCUUCGGCUUCUCCAGGAAGCGACGUGUCGAUCAAAGCGCCAUCUGCUGGCCACUAACAGACUGCAGGGGGCGCUCUCUGAUGCCACAGCCAGAGCCUACGCCAGCAUGGGUGACUGGUGCGAGGCAGCCUCCCACCUGGGCCUCAGUGUGGCGUCCGUCCGCUGCCAGUUUGGAGAGGACAGCGUGGAGGUGGGCCAGCAGCUCUUCAAACUCACACAGCUGCACUUCAACGGAGGGCAGGCGGGGCAGGCGCUCUCUGUGCUGGCUGAGGCUCGGCGGGUUCUCUCCCUCUACCUUCACGCCCACAGUCAGGAACUACAGGACCUCAGAGGCAUGGAGGACUGCCUCAGGGCCACACUCUGAACACACACACCAUCAGAGGAAUAGACAUAAUCAUCAACGUUAUACGUAACGUAAGCACACUCAUCAUCACAGACUGAAAAUGGCCUUAAAACAUUCAGACUAUGUGGAUUCAAUUUAAAUAAAAAACUGAAAUGGUAA